AUGAGUUCAGUGUCAACUACUACUACUACUACUACUACUAAUACUAAUACUAAUACUAAUACUAAUACUAAUACUAAUACUAAUACUAAUACUAAUACUAAUACUAAUACUAAUACUAAUACUAAUACUAAUACUAAUACUAAUACUAAUACUAAUACUAAUACUAAUACUAAUACUAAUACUAAUACUAAUACUAAUACUAAUACUAAUACUAAUACUAAUACUAAUACUAAUACUAAUACUAAUACUAAUACUAAUACUAAUACUAAUACUAAUACUAAUACUAAUACUAAUACUAAUACUAAUACUAAUACUAAUACUAAUACUAAUACUAAUACUAAUACUAAUACUAAUACUAAUACUAAUACUAAUACUAAUACUAAUACUAAUACUAAUACUAAUACUAAUACUAAUACUAAUACUAAUACUAAUACUAAUACUAAUACUAAUACUAAUACUAAUACUAAUACUAAUACUAAUACUAAUACUAAUACUAAUACUAAUACUAAUACUAAUACUAAUACUAAUACUAAUACUAAUACUAAUACUAAUACUAAUACUAAUACUAAUACUAAUACUAAUACUAAUACUAAUACUAAUACUAAUACUAAUACUAAUACUAAUACUAAUACUAAUACUAAUACUAAUACUAAUACUAAUACUAAUACUAAUACUAAUACUAAUACUAAUACUAAUACUAAUACUAAUACUAAUACUAAUACUAAUACUAAUACUAAUACUAAUACUAAUACUAAUACUACUACUACUACUACUACUACUACUACUACUACUACUACUACUACUACUACUACUACUACUACUACUACUACUACUACUACUACUACUACUACUACUACUACUACUACUACUACUACUACUACUACUACUACUACUACUACUACUACUACUACUACUACUACUACUACUACUACUACUACUACUACUACUACUACUACUACUACUACUACUACUACUACUACUACUACUACUACUACUACUACUACUACUACUACUACUACUACUACUACUACUACUACUACUACUACUACUACUACUACUACUACUACUACUACUACUACUACUACUACUACUACUACUACUACUACUACUACUACUACUACUACUACUACUACUACUACUACUACUACUACUACUACUACUACUACUACUACUACUACUACUACUACUACUACUACUACUACUACUACUACUACUACUACUACUACUACUACUACUACUACUACUACUACUACUACUACUACUACUACUACUACUACUACUACUACUACUACUACUACUACUACUACUACUACUACUACUACUACUACUACUACUACUACUACUACUACUACUACUACUACUACUACUACUACUACUACUACUACUACUACUACUACUACUACUACUACUACUACUACUACUACUACUACUACUACUACUACUACUACUACUACUACUACUACUACUACUACUACUACUACUACUACUACUACUACUACUACUACUACUACUACUACUACUACUACUACUACUACUACUACUACUACUACUACUACUACUACUACUACUACUACUACUACUACUACUACUACUACUACUACUACUACUACUACUACUACUACUACUACUACUACUACUACUACUACUACUACUACUACUACUACUACUACUACUACUACUACUACUACUACUACUACUACUACUACUACUACUACUACUACUACUACUACUACUACUACUACUACUACUACUACUACUACUACUACUACUACUACUACUACUACUACUACUACUACUACUACUACUACUACUACUACUACUACUACUACUACUACUACUACUACUACUACUACUACUACUACUACUACUACUACUGCAUCUUCAUUUAUCACCGGAGAUUGUCGUCAUGGAAGAAACAUAGAUCGAUUCAUGGAGAAAGGAAUGUGUUUAACAUUUAGCCAUCCAGCCAGCUAG